CCGCCGCCGCCGCGAAUUGCUUCCUUGGGCUCUUUUAAGCCUCUCCGCGUUCUUCUGGAACCAGGAGCCCCGAGCGAACGGCUCUGGUUUUGUUUUGCCGGGGUUUCUUGGUUCUUGGCCGGCUUCUUCUCGCCGGAGUUUGGUGGUUUCUGAGCUCGGCGUGGAGGCGCUCUGAUCUGGUUCUAUCCGGAGAAACCAAGCCAGCGGUUGCUGAGUCAUGUCAGGUGGUGCUUCUAAAAGAUUUCGUGAGAAGGAAGAUUUUGAACUUCUGCUGAGCAAAAGUGACAUCAGAGAAUCAUCUUACCGCAAACACUCUCUGUGGAUGGCACACUGGACCAGAGAUGGCAUCAGCGCAGAACCUCAAAAUGGCAAGAGUUGUAGUCCUUUCGAGGAAAUGGAUGAUGUCAGAUAUGCAAAAGAUUGUGGAAAUUUACCUUUUGAACUCAUGAAAGCUAGGGUGGCUGAAAGGUUCAUGGUGGGAGUUAGCCAUGGAGGUGCCUCUUCUGGGAAUACACAACAAUUCAGUUCUAAUAUGUGGGGUGUAGCUCAUGAUGUUUGCCAAGUUCAAUGCAAGAAUACUGACCAGUUUGGUAGGCCUUUCGAAAGUUCUGUGGUGCAGAAAAAUAUGAACUUAUAUGCUGCUAAGACAGUGGUAUCAGACAGAUUUUCUUCACAUAAGCCUUCAGAUUUAUCUGUGGAUUCUCCUAAACUUUUGAGUUCUGACAAUCUGAGUUCAGAAUGGAGUCAUUUUCCUAUGUUUGCAAUUAAUAGGAAAAUUGACAGUAUACUUAACCCAAGACGGUCUGUUCUUGCUACGUCAUCUGAUAAGAUUUUUGUUCCACAAAAUAGUUUGAAGCCAAACAUGUCUGCAUCUAAUGUGAUGGCAUUUUCAUCAAAGGAAUAUCAGUUUCACACACACCAAGUAACUGAUGAAAAUGCGGUUCACAGCAAAUCUGCAGGAGUCGUCCUAUCUCACCUAGGUCAUCACAUCGGCCUUGAUUCUGACCACGCAGGAACAAAACUGAAAGGACAUUUGUCAAAUGAAGAAUCAUGCUCUUGCAGUAAGGAUGAAACCAACUCAUCAUGUUCAUUAUUAGCAGACAAGCUCCCUUGUAGUCCUUCAAAGGGGUCACCUUAUUGGUCUAGCAAGAACAAAGGCAUGUUUUCAGCAAGCAGAAAAGAGAAUGAAACUGUUGAUUCUUUAUUGGAAAAUAAGUUUGAAGAAUGCCAAAAUCAACACAAUUUUGAGGAAAUACCAUUGCAUGAGCCAGCUCUCGCUAGAGAAUACCAGAUGAACUCAGUAAAUACUUCUUCCAUUGGCAAGGGCAUUGAUGUGAACAUUAAUGGCCAUGGUGAACAACAACACCCCAGUACACGCAGAAUGGAUUCUGCUACGGAUUGGACACAGUUCUCCAGGUUACCGGAUACAGCUGAAAAUACACUGAGAAUGAAGAGCAAAGUCGAAGCACUGGUUUGUAGAAAACCGCCAAAGCAAAAAUUGACACAUAACAAACAGAAAGGUUCCUGCUUAUUUGAAAUGUUAACACUGCCCUCUGAAUCAUAUGUGGCAAGCUCGAAAGAUAAUUCUCGCAGUAACUUGGGCAAAUGUUUAUCGGAAACACAGAAGCAGUUCUCAACUAAAACUGAUACAUUGUAUAGCGAUACUCAUCAUGCAUCAAAAUCCACAGCAGGGUUUGCUUCAACAUCAAUACAGAAGGACCAUGGUUGUCUAGACUCAGCAAAAACUGAACGGUUAGUGUCGUCGUCAACUAAAAGAGAAUCAAGCUGCUGUGAAGGAAAUGAAACAGUCAACGUGAGUUCAGAGCAUCAAAACUCUUAUUCCAAGGCAACUUGCACGAGUAAGCAAGAAUGGAGCAUACCAAAAACAUCGAGCAUGAAUCUAGAUCUAGUUCUUUUUCAGAUAAGCAGGAUGAGAAAUCCAAUUUCCAAGGCUCUAACUGAGUCACCAGUAUGCUCGGAUCCAAGUGACAAGUGGCUCAAACGCCUGAAACGUGAUGUUUCAGAUCCUCAUGUUCCUUGUUCCAAGAGACCAAAGUCUGGAGACAGUCCAACUCCUGGAGGAGCAUGUACCAUGUAUAGUCAAGAGCUUGAUUACAAGAUGGAUAGUACUCAUACGAUCAAACAUGUGAAGGAGGACCAACUGAUGGACCAACAAAACAAAGAUGGGUCUUCUAUUUCAGCAAAGAAUCUUAAUCAUUGGAUAGGGAGGUGGUGCCAAGGUGGCACCCCUAAUUUUCAUGGAAGUUUGAGUCUAGGGAAGCAAUCGCGCAAGUCUAACACGCCACCUGAUUGUCUUGAAGGCCAGUUUCCAAGCAUCGCAGCGAUGGCUAUGAUGGGGCGUGUAAUGAACAAGCUUCGCCCAUGUGAACUUGAGAAGAAGGGUCCUUCUGUAGUCUGGAAGACAGAGGGGUUGUGAAAUUUGCAAACUGCCUACCCGGAUGUAUUCAUGCUGGCCAUCGGCUGUUGGCUAAAAUCUGCAGUCAGGAGAUAAAUUGCUGCACUGAUCGCAGUGUAUAUGAUUGUCGGCUCAUAGAGAAAAAAAGAUCACAGUGUGAAUAUCAUUUUCAACGAGAAAAAUGUGUGUGGUUUUUAUUGAUCACAUAGCGUCACAGAUUCAUGAAUUAAUUGCCCAAAGGUCUUGGGAUUGAUA